CCAGAAGACCUCUUCCCAGACAGUGUGUUUAAAGAUGGCAGGCGCACUGCGUCGCUACCGUAGUUAAGGUUGCACGCGGGCUGUUGCAAGGAAAGCGAGCGGCGCUUUUAAGGCUCUGGACGCUUUUUCCUCUUCUCAUUUGCGGGUUUUAAGUUGCGUGUGUGGAGAAAAAGAUGAGAAACCUAAAAUUAUUGAGAGCGCAAGAAUGCCAGCCAGUCCGAGCUCUUGGUACUCCUCAAGGUUUCACUAUCCGCGCAGAUAGAGGAACAGUGUUGGUCAGCACUGAGUAUGGAAUUGUGGAACUGGAUCCUGUCACACAGGAGGUCAUCAACGAAGUUGCUUUGACAACUGAGGGUUUUCUACCAGAAGAUGGAAGCGGAUGUAUUGUGGGCCUGGAGGAUUUGCCAGAUGUAGAAUCGGUCUGCGUGGCUACAGCAAUUGGUGAUGUUAUACUGUGCAAUCUAAACACUCACCAGCUGGAAUGUGUUGGGAGUGUGGACAGUGGCCUGACCACAAUGAGCUGGAGUCCUGACCAAGAACUUGUUCUUCUUGCUACAGGUGAGCAGACUCUGAUUUUGAUGACAAGAGACUUUGAACCAAUUGCGGAAAGACAGAUCCACCAGGAUGACUUUGGAGAAGGCAAAUUUAUUACUGUUGGAUGGGGUAAAAAAGAAACACAGUUUCAUGGAUCGGAAGGCAAGCAGGCUGCUCAUACCAAGUCGAUGGAAAUAUUGCCUGCUUUACUAUGGGAUGAUCAUAGACCUCGGAUCAGUUGGAGAGGAGAUGGACAGUAUGUAGCUGUGAGUGAUAUUUGCCCAGGAACAGGGGCUCGAAAAGUGAGAGUGUGGAGCCGGGAACUUAUUCUACAAAGUACCAGUGAGCCUGUCCCAGGCCUAGGACAAGCACUGGCCUGGAAGCCCUCAGGAAGCUUGAUUGCUUCUACACAGGAUAAAGCCAACAAACAUGAUGUUGUGUUCAUAGAACAAAAUGGGCUCCUUCAUGGAGAAUUUACUCUUCCUUUCCAAAAAGGCCAAGUAAAGGUAAACGAGCUGCUCUGGAAUUCUGACUCUACGAUAUUGGCUGCCUGGGUGGAAGAACUGGAAAGUGACAGUAGUUCUCAAAGAAAGAUGUAUGUCCAGCUGUGGACAACAGGAAACCAUCACUGGUAUUUGAAACAAAGCCUGCAUUUUGGCAGCCUUGAGGGCAGCCCACUUCUUGUAUCCCUGGUGUGGGAUCAGGAGAUUCCCUAUCGACUUCAUGUCCUCUGUGAACAGUGGCUAUAUCUUUGCUAUGAUUGGCAGUGGAGUACUGAUCACAGCACCGGUGGAGGGGCCAAUGACUCGGCUAGUGUAGCAGUCAUUGAUGGAGAUAAGGUUCUAUGGACAGCCUUUCUUCAUGCUGUAGUGCCUCCACCUCUUUGUACAUAUCAGCUCCAGCUCUCCUCUGCUGUCAAUCAAGUUGCUUUCUCUACAGAGUCUCAGAGUGGGGAUCUUGCUGUUCUGGAUGCUGAGAACAAGUUGUCCAUUUAUAGACUGGAUAAUCAUCCAGAAAUGGACCCUACAGUUAAAAUGGAUGCAGUUGAUGGAAAAAGAUUUACAGCUGCUGUUCCUCGGCUGGAAACGUCAUACAGAAUUAACCUGCGUGAUGACAAAAGAGGAAAGAAUCCACUGUGGCUUCGUUUUCUUACUUGGCUGCAAGAUGACUUACUCUUAGCUGCCAGCCAGGGCUGUUUCCCAAUGCGCACAGUUAUUCAUCAUCUGAAGAUGGGCUCAUCAGGACAAGAAGGACGUGUCGAUAUCAGGUCCCCUGUGAGCGUUGAUGGUGAUGUGAUCAGCCUGUGUUGCAACCCGAAGACCAAAACAGUGGCUCUGCAGCUUUCUGAUGGGCAAAUCCUGAAAUAUCUGUGGGGAGGUGAAAAACCAGUUGCCAUCCCCUGGAUGAAUAAUAAUGGUUCUGCUGUUCGGUUUCCAUCCCCUUGUAUGCAGACAGAAGUAGCUGUAAUUGAUGGGGAAGAAACCAUAUUUGGCUUGACUGACAGAUGUCGUUUUUUUAUUAAUGAUACUGAGGUUUCUUCAAAUAUUACGUCCUUUUCAAUCAGUGAUGAAUUUCUCUUACUGACCACACAUUCUCAUACUUGUCAGUGCCUGCCUAUAAGGAACACAUCCCUGAAAGCUUUGCAAACAGGUCUGGGCAGCACUUCUCUCCCGAAUAGCGAGACUCUGCGGAAGAUUGAAAGAGGAUCCCGGAUAGUCACAGUUGUGCAACAACACACAAAGCUGAUAUUACAGGUGCCAAGAGGAAACUUGGAAACUAUUCAUCAUCGAGCCCUUGUUCUAGCUCAGGUUCGCAAAUGGCUGGAUAGCCUCCAGUUUAAAGAAGCGUUUGAAUGUAUGAGGAAGCUGCGAGUCAAUCUCAACCUGUUCUACGACCACAAUCCGAAGGCUUUCUUAGAUCAUGUGGAAACAUUUAUAAAACAAAUUGAUUCUGUAAAUUAUAUCAACCUGUUCCUCAUGGAACUGAAAGAAGAAGAUUUCACAAAAACAAUGUACCCCCCUCCAGAUCCUACCGGUGUCAAUGAAUUGCAUUGUUCCAAUAAUAAAAAGAUUAAUCUCAUCUGUGAUGCCAUGAGACAAGCAAUGGAGAACAUCAAUGCAACUAAGUACUGCUUAGCCAUACUGACUUCUCAUGUCAAAAAGAGUCCUCCAGAACUGGAAACAGCCCUGCAUAGAAUUCGUCAGCUUCAAGGACAGACGUCAGAAACAAUUGGAUCUGUCAGAGUAGAAGAAGCAUUGAAAUACCUGCUGUAUCUGGUGGAUGUCAGUGAACUGUAUGAUUAUUCAUUGGGGACAUAUGACUUUGAUUUAGUCAUCAUGGUUGCUGAGAAGUCUCAGAAGGAUCCUAAGGAAUAUCUUCCGUUUUUAAACAAACUUAAGAAAAUGGAAAUCAAUUAUCAGCGAUAUUCAAUAGACAAAUAUUUGAAGCGAUAUCUGAAGGCUCUCUACCACCUUAGUAAAUGUGGCUCAGAACAUUUUCCAGAGCUCCUAAAUUUGGUGGUUGACCAGAAUUUGUAUAAGGAAGCCCUCAAGCUCUAUUUGCCAGGCACACAAGAAUACAAGACCAUCAGCUAUGCCUAUGGAGAAUAUUUAAUCCAGAAGCAUCUCGCCGGACAAGCCGGGCUGAUCUUCUUCCGAUGUGGUGCCUUUGAGAAAGCUCUGGAUGCUUUUUUGAUCAGUGGCAACUGGCAGCAGGCCCUCUGUGCAGCUGCUGAACUUUGUUACACUGAAGACAAGUUGGCCAGCCUGGCAAGGAGUAUGGCAGGAAGACUUACUGAAAAGAGAAAAUAUGUCGAUGCAGCAGUUCUUCUGGAACAAUAUGCCAAGGACUACGAAGAGGCCAUCCUGCUUCUUUUAGAAGGAACUGCCUGGGAUGAAGCCUUGAGAAUAAUUUACAAAUAUAACAGGACUGAUAUUCUAGAGACCAACUUCAGGCCAUCUUUGUUGGAAGCUCAAAAAAAUCAUUUGGCAUUCUUGGAAACAAAGAAAGCAGAAUUUUCCCGCCAUCGCAAGCGCCUUUCCGUGGUUCGAGAGCUUAAGCAGCAAGCCCAAAAUGAGCUUCUAGAUCACAAAGCGUCAAAUUGUCCUGAAUCGGAUCUCUUUUCUGAUACCAGCAGUUUGGUGACAGCCAGUGACACAAGUUCCAAAUAUACUCACAGUAAUUCAAGAAUAUCUGCACGUUCCUCAAAGAACCGUCGCAAGGCAGAACGCAAGAAACAUAGUCUGAAGGAAGGAAGUCCCUUAGAAGAUGUUGCACUUUUGGAGGCUUUAGGGGAAAUAGUUCGGAAUAUUGACAAUUUGAAAGGUGAGAUACACAGCAUUUUAAGGCACCUAGUCCUGUAUAGCUAUGAUGAGCAAGCCCAGGAAUUGCAACAGGCCUUUGAGGAUACCCUUCACUUGAUGGAGAGCUCCCUGCUUGAAAUCUGGAGCCCAGACUUGCAGCAUAUCCCAGCCAACCCAAUCCUGGGUCCCAAUUCCACUGCUAAUAGCAUAAGUGCUGCCUACACGCAACAGAAAGUGAUGUCUCCCAUAGUAUGCGAUCCAGAGGUCUUUAUUGCUCCCAAACUCAACAAAAACACUCAGUGGAAGCUUACUCUCCUCCAAUAAACUCAGUUCCACAGCUAUUGUCGGGAUGAAGAUCUCUGUACAGGUAGUCCUCACUUACCAACAAUUGGGACCAGGAACUCCAUCACUAAGCGAUGCAGUCACAGGAUGUGAUGUCAGUUGACCAUGCCAACUUACCGCAGCAGUUCCAGCAGUCCCAGUUGCCAUCAGUAGGUGAAUCCUGCAUUGUCACAGCAUCCUGUGGUCAUGUAAUCACUAUUUGUAACCUCCUGCAUUGACUUUGCUAACCAGAAGCUGGCAGAGAACGUUGCAAAUUCUGUAGGACUCUGCAACGUCAUAACUGGGAGUUGGUUGCUAAGCACCCAAAUUGUAAUCAUGUGACCACCAGGAUGCUGCGAUGGCCAUAACCAUGAGGACUAGUCAUAAGUCCUUGUUCAGCCCCGCUGAACGAGUGGUUAUUGAGUGAGGGCUACCUGCAUUUAAGUACUGUUUCUCAUCAUGUAACCUUUAAGUGAGGGAUGAAUUGGCUCACAAAGCAGUGUAAAUUCACCUUGCCCCUAUGUAUAUCUGAUCAUGGGCUUCCUUCUACUUUUUUUCUCCCAACAUAGUCCUUUAUAACCAGAUAGCAACCACUCAGCUUCUGUUAUUGUAAAUUAUUUUUAAUAUGUUGCUUUGAACUCUCCAAACUCUUUUUUGCAGUUUAAUAUCUGAUCUUUGGAGAUUUUAAAGCAGGGCUAUCAGUAGCACUUUAAUUUUUUAGGGAUUUUUUUUUAAAGAUAUACAACUCACUGUAAGAUUUUUAUUAAUAUAUUAAACCCUGUUUUGACAAAUUGAA